GUGUUAUUGUGUUGUUAUUAUAUAAUGUCUUUGUUUAUUAAUAUUGUUUGCAGAUUUUUAAAUACUCGUUUGGAAUGGCAAACUAAAAAAAUAGCAUCAGUCCAAAUCACAGGUAUAAAUAGCCAAACCUUUUCCAAACAACUCAACAUUUUAUCAUUACCUAUUACAUUUCGAUCUCAAACCCAUCAUUCCAUCUAGUCUCUACUUCCAUGAAGUUAUUCUCGAUCCUCACUUUUGCUGCCACCACUGCUACUGCUGUCAUGGCACUAUCAAGUGGUGAAAGGAAAGCCCUACUUUUAUUCCCUCAGACUUACAGUAAUGUUGACGUCAAAAACUUUUAUAGUGUGUCCGAAGCAAUCAAGGUGUAUGCAUCAGAAGCCAACGUGGAAUAUGUGAAUUAUCUGAUUAGAAUAGGUUCAGAUUCUAGCGCUGCCAGCAAGAUGAUAGAACAUGCCAAAUACCUCAAGGAAGACUCGGAGGUUAAAGGAGACAGUGAUAUUGAGAAGGGUUACAAUGUGCUUGUGGGCGCUAUCAAGGACUUUGACAAUCUGACUUAAACAUACAAAGCUUUAGAUGUGGUAUAUACAGCUAGACUUUUUUUUUACCCUUUUUAAAUACACACAUUCCAAGCCACUAUCUU